AUGAUGAAAGUAUUGAUUCUGAUAUGAAUAUAUGCCAAUAAAUUGCUUUGUUGAUAUGUGUAUAUCAAAGUUAUCAUCUUUUAAUCUAUUUCUUGUUUUUCUGAUGAUGUUAUCAACUUUUGUAUUUUAGGGCUGUGAUAAAUUUGCAAUUUUGAUGGAUAGUCAAUGAUUUGUGGUGAAGAUUUGACUUUUUAAUUGGUUUUCUUGCUUACUUUGUUUUGCUUAUUUAAAUAGUCUCCUAAUAUCAAAUUGAUAUGAUCAUGUUGUUAAAAUAAUCACAAUUUAUGUGUAUUAUCAAAUUGUCAUGUUGCUUCUGUUUGAGUUUGUUUGUUGAUGAAGAGAGUUGCAGAAGAAGAAUAAUCAAUCCCCUUUGCUUGAACCUUUUUGGUGACUUAGAUUCUGAUAAAGUGUGCCUUUAACAAGAAAAGUAUGAAUAACUUGUCAUAUAAUUAACACUUAUACAGAAAAAAGAAGAAGUUGGAACUGCUGUAAUAGAUAUUAGAUGAUGCUAAUGUGUGUCUUGCAAUUUUAUUCUCUUCUAUGAUGAUUAUUUUCGCGGCUAUCUCUGAAUUCGUAUUCUGAAUAGAAAGUCGAUCAUGAAUGGAUACUCCAGCAAAAGAGGUGUUGCUACGAGUAGAGCACCUAGGAAAGGCGUUAGUUCAAGCUCGGCCCAGGAUCAGAAUGUUCAGUUCUGUAACCGAAUAGGAUGCAGUGGAAAAAUCAAGUACGGGAAUCAGAAUACGAAAAUUAGAAGCUCGGACAAUGGCAAAAGCCCCAAGUCCUCGUUUUGUUCUUCAGACGGGAAUGGAGCGGUUGAAGCUUUGUCUAAGAGUGGUUCUGUGGUGAUCAGGGAAAAGGCGUCAUAUCUUGAUACAAAGAAAAGGUUGGCAUUUGAUCAACCCGAAAGUAGUCAGUCGGGCGAUUCAGAAGCCUCACAGUCAACAUCCUCACCAGGUAGGAGUCUUGCAGCUCAUAAUUCUGGAUCAGCAAGCAAGUCUGGACAGAAUCCCGUGGCGAGAAAUGGUAGUGGGAGUGUUCCAUCAAGUGUCAGAACUCGAAAAAAGGUUCAGAAUACCUCUGGUUCGAACAAGCAAAAUACUCAGACAGCUUCUGCUGUUUCUCCCACUACUAAUAGAGGUAAUAACAGAAGUAGGUGCCUGAAAAACCUGAAAUGCAACGUGGUCUCAGAUGCCGUACCACCUACUUGUUCAUCAUCGGGGUCGAAAUCUCCCUGCAAGAAUGUGACGAGGAAGAGAAGUCUAGAAGGGGUUAGCAGCGAGCCCGGUAGAGGGAGACAGACAGUUGUAUCUACACAUGCCUCGUCUUCGAGCAGCAGCGCCUCUGUGUCUGCCUCUGGUGCAGAUAGCACCACUUCUGGUUCGGUCAGGACAGGAGGGUCGGGUAACGUAAACAAGAGUAGGUCAACGAGGCUAUCUUCUCGACAAAACGGGAGAAAUACCUCGAGCCUUAGAGAAUCCUCCCUCCGCAUCUCCCAUCCCGAACCACCUAGAAGCACUGGCAGGCCAAGAUUAUCGCAGCAAUACUCUCCCAACGCCCCUUCGAGUGGGUUGAGUUCGUAUAGUCUCUCUCCUUCUAGUAAUAGUGACGGCAACCGGUCCACUUUGAUGCCUGAUUCUGUAAUGGGGCAUGGCUAUAGCCACUUUGUGAACCGUGACAUGUUGCAGCGAUACAAUAUGGAUGGUAUUGCUGAGGUAUUACUAGCACUCGAAAGAUUCGAGCAGGAUGAAGAAAUGACACAUGAGCAAAUACUCUCAUUGGAGACAAGUUUAUUCCUCAGUGGCCUCAAUCUAUACGACCAGCACCGGGACAUGAGACUGGAUAUUGAUGACAUGUCGUAUGAGGAGUUGUUGGCUCUAGGGGAUAGCAUGGGAACGGUUAGCACGGCCCUCUCAGAAAACGAACUAUACAAGUGCAUCAAGCGACACGUACAUCAGGGUGCCCUGACAGAAAAAGAAUCGGGCAAAGACGGAGAUGAUGUCAAAUGCAGCAUCUGCCAGGAGGAGUACGUGAAGGGGGACGCUAUCGGGGAGUUAGUCAAGUGUGAGCACGCGUAUCACAUCGCGUGCAUAAGUCAGUGGCUGAGGCUCAAGAACUGGUGCCCUAUUUGCAAGAGUGCUGCAGCUCCAUCACAAACAUCUUCUUCAUCUUCUCCUCUCUCUUAAUGCAAAUGUUUCUUUUGAUCUGUACAGUAAUGGAUAUUAUUGUUGUUUCUGGUCUUUGAUUUUUUUUUUUUAAUUUUGUAAAUAUCAUUAUAUUCAAUAUCCUAAGGCAUUUUGGUGAAAAUCUGACUGCCUCAGUGAACAAAGUUUUCCAAUAAUACUAUAAUUUUUUCUUGCUUGAAAAA